AUGUCUGGUCCUGGAGAGUCUUUCGACCCGGUCUAUGCCGCUCUCUCAUCUGGAAAUGGAGAGAUAGCGAGCAUGAUCCUUGAAAAAGGUUACAAAUUCUCGUCUCAACAAAGAUUCGAUGAGUGUCUCAACCUGGCAGCGUUCAAAGGUUAUGUUGAUCUAAUGCUGUCUAUGCUUCAAGGUAUCAACUCUGUAUUCAGCCCAAAGCAAGCCCACGAUGUUUUACAGGUCGCACUUUAUGGUCGAAAUGAGCGAGAAGUGAAUGCUUUGAUCACUGGCUAUGCGGACAUCAAUGCACAAACCGGAUACUUCGGCAACGCUCUACACGCUGCUAUCUGUGGUGGGAGUCUCAACCUCGUCCAAUAUGUACUUGCUCAGGGGGCGGAUGUGCAUACUCGAGGUCGAUUUGGGUAUCCCCUGCGCGCUGCAGUCGCUUUCGGUCACGAGGAAAUCGUGCAAUGGCUUCUUACCGAUAAAGAAUUAGACCCUAAUGUUCAAGACGAAGAGCUUGGGGAUUGUCUCCAGACAGCUGCCUCAAAAGGCUAUCUCGCGAUCAUGACGCUACUUCUUGAUCAAGGGGCUGAUCUAUGGCGUGAGAGCUGGUCGGACGAAGCAGGGCCACUUGAAGCUGCUGCUUUGACGGGAAAUCUAUCCCUCGUACGGCUUCUGAUUGAUAAAGGAACUCCCAUUGACUGCAAGUCGUGGGACGGAGGGGAACCUGGUUUUGGAGGAUGCGGAUUUACUGCAUUGCAGGUCGCUGCACGUUAUGGCCAUGUUGAAGUUGUAGAAUGCCUUCUGGAUGCAGGUGCAAACCUGGACAUGUCCAGCAGAUGUUUUGCCAGUCCCUUGCACGCCGCUAUUAAAGGCUUAAACUUCUCGCUCGCCUGGAAGUUUCUGGAGAAAGGAGCCAAAAUCGACAAAUUCUGGGGACCUCGCUAUGGCACUUGCCUUCAGAUCUGCUCUGACCAAGGUAAUCUAGCUGGAGUGAAGUUCCUAAUUGACAGUGGAGCCAACGUUAAUGGUCCUCAUGGCCUCAAUGGCACUGCACUGCAACUCAGUUCCGAUGGAGGCCAUUUCGAAGUUGUUGAACUCUUGAUCUCUCAUAAUGCCGAUCUGGAAGCUCAUGGCGAGUUAGGUACUGCGUUGCAGGCUGCGGCGGCAAAGGGCCACUUAGGUGUUGUCCAUCUCUUACUUGAGCAUGGUGCUGAAGUCAAUACCAAGCAUGGACCCAAUGGCUCAGCACUUCAUGCAGCGAGCACUGAUACGCGGGAUAAGCUUGACAUUGUCCAGGUAUUGUUAGAAGCUGGUGCACACGUCAACGACCUGGACGCCGAGCUCAGGACCCCUCUUUAUCUGGCAGCUUAUCUCGGGAACCAUGCUAUAGCCGAGAGCCUCCUAGAAAAGGGUGCUGAUGUUCUUCCCAAGUCAUCUCUCGACCAUUCAAGAAAACUGCAAAACACUGUUGGACCUCGCCGAAGCAAUAACACCAGAGGAUCACACAAAAUGACUUCUCCGUCGAUGACCGCUAACUUCCAGGGCCAUACAGAGAUGACUCGCUCGAACGUUUCGACUUUACCCAAGAUACCUAUUUCAGCUGCCAUCUCCCAAGGUCAUGCAAACAUAGCUCGCUUGUUGUUCAGGAGAGAUUCGAAGCACUACCUGGACCUUGAAUGUCUGCAGUCAGAUCUAGGUCACGCGUCACGAAAACAACACACAGAUCUCGAGAAUUUGUUAUCUGAGAUACAGAUGUGGCAUGCAUGUGAGCAGGGCGAUGUUCCACUUCUUCAAAGACUUCUGGAUAAAGGCCUGGAUGCCAACACGUUUAUCAUAAGAUCCCAGACGUUACUGGACGUCGCCGCGAAGGCUGGCCAUACACUCGUUGCACAAACACUUCUCGAUCAUGGAUUCGACAAGGGAGGUCUAAAUCAGGCAUGCCAAACUGUGAUCAGAGCGCUUUCGGACCGAGUCACGUACGAUGGCUUCACUAAGCCAAAAUGUGUGCGGAAGUCGAGGUAUAUCGAUGUUUUGAAGCUGUUUAUCACCCUGGACCAGAAUCUGAAGAUAGAUGAUGAAUCCGAGGAGCCAUUGAUCAGGGCCAUUGCGCAGUCUGGAGACACCGAAACGCUUGUGCUGUUAUUCCACGGUCGGCCUGCUCUUGCUGAGCAGCAGGGCAGGAUACUACGAUCACUCGUCGCGUUUGGUCAAGCUAAUCCCUCUCGCGUCUCCAUGGUACGCCACAUACUCGAGCUUGAAUACAUGGGGGAUGACUAUCUCGCGAGAUGUGGAGACGCUCUAGUUGCUGCAGCCCGCCAGGGAUCUCAAGAGAUAUUGAGUAUACUCGUGGCAGCUUCGCCGUCUACGCAGACACUGGGUAGAUUAACCCACUCUCUUUUCAGCUCGGUUCUCGAACCACUUCGAGAAGCAUACGCUGUAGAGUUACAGAAGGCCGUAAACCACAGAGACCAUGUCCACUCUGGUUGGCAUACUCGAGGACUCGUCAUGCAUCUGGAAAACCUGGUACCCAAGGACUUUCCAAACACUACGCUCGAUAUGUUGCACUUCCUGCUCGGCACUUUGGAAGAGAUCGAGGAAAGAACUACCCAGACUCGCAAAGCUAUCCUGUACCAUGCAGCUAAGCAGAAUCAGCACGGUCAAUUCAGGAUCGAAGGUCUUGACAAACUAUUGUUAUAUUCGGUGCAGACCUUUCUGGAUGACGGUAUGACGGAUUUGCUUCUUGCAGAAGGCGCCGAUCCUAACGCCACAACACCGGCGGGGUUGUCGGCUCUACACUUGUCUCUGAUCAAAGACCCAUAUAUAUGGUUGUCAGAACCCACAGACACAGGCAGAGUUCACUUUUAUGGCGUCCAAAACCUGCCAGUUGACCGGAUUGUGGGCUCAAUCAACUGUCUUUUGCAGAACGGUGCCGAUAUAGAUGCUACACACCCGAUCGCGGGCACUCCCUUGCAACUCGCGAUUCAACUACGCUGCCACUCCGCCAUCGUUGAAGCCCUAAUCGUCGCAGGAGCAGACAUAAGCGGCCAAGCAGGCUGCUACGGCACUAUUCCCACCGAGAAUAUCGCCAACAAGGAACUACGACCUUGUCUCAAGUCAGGCCAUAGUAUGUUGGAGCGCACCAAAGUUCUGCUGGACCAUGGUGCACCAGUCAAUACCUCGAUUGGGUAUUUUGGAAACGCGUUACAAGCAGCUGCGUAUGUGGGUAGUAUGGAAGCAGUGCAGCUUUUGUUGCAAAAAGGCGCAGAUGUCAAUGCAAGAGGUGGCAGAUAUGGUAGCGCAGUUCAGGCGGCUAAGGCGGCUGGUCACAUGAAGAUUGCAGAGGCACUUGAGGAUGCUGGUGCGCAGGAGCUUGAUUGGGAGAAAGAGACGGUCUUUGGCAACGAUAAUAUAUAG